AUGCCCGGUGGGCUCACCGAGACACAGCUCGAGGCUGUCAGCAGCAUUGAGAGAGCCUGCUCGGCCGUAUCGCUUGUGGGAUCCAUCUUCGUCAUCGUCACCUUCUGCAUGUCCAGAAGCUUUCACAAGCCUGUCAACCGCCUCGUGUUUUACGCUAGCUUUGGCAACAUGUUGACCAAUGUCGGCACCCUCAUGUCGCGCACAUAUACUAGAUCGCCAAACUCAGUUGGCUGCCAGUUCCAGGCUUUUUUGAUUCAAAUGUUCAUGCCCGCAGAUGCCUUCUGGACUCUAGCCAUGGCAAUCAACGUCUACCUCACCUUCUACUACAGAUUUGAUGCACAACGUCUUCGCAGAAUGGAGAUCCCCUAUAUGGUUGUUUGCUAUGGCGUUCCCUUGAUCCCAGCCCUUGUCUAUAUCUUCCUGGGAGCCCGCGAAGGCAAUCGCGUCUAUGGAGACGCAACUCUCUGGUGCUGGGUGACAACGGAAUGGAAUAUUUUGCGCAUUGUAACAUUCUAUGCACCCGUGUGGAUCCUCAUUCUUGCAACCAUGUUUAUCUAUGUCCGCGCCGGUCGCACCAUUUACUACAAGCACAAGCAAUUGCACGAGUUCAGUCCGUCCAGUUCAGACCCUGUCUCCGUGGCCCACGCAGAGACAAUGACCAAUCUUAAGACGACAGAAAUAACGGUGUCUUCCACGGAAGCCGGGCAUCCCGACAUCUUGCCUUCGCAAAGCACGUCUUCCCUGGGCCCCGAAGUUGCUUCGAGAGGUUAUACAGUUGCAGUUGCUACUGGCGGUCCUCAAUCCCACAUACAAUCGGGGGUUACUCCUUCGCAACCCUCAAAAACUACCACACCAUCGGGCGCCAUAGUCGGUUCAGCAAGGCGAAGGAACCACGAAGUGAAUACCGCCUCAUGGGCAUACACAAAGUGCGCCAUACUUUUCUUUACCGCGCUGCUCAUCACUUGGCUCCCUUCCAGCGCCAAUCGUGUCUACUCCUUUGUGCAUCCUAGGACUUUGCCGACGCUAGAGAUCAUGAGCGCCUUUGUCCUGCCGCUGCAGGGGUUCUGGAACGCCGUUAUCUACGUCGUCACUUCUCGGACGGCUUGCAAAAACCUGUGGAGUGACUUCCGGCAAGCCAGGAGACCACGUGUGGCGGAGCUUGUCGCUGGUGCUCGAGAUGAGAAUUUCCACGAAGACCAGGCAAUCUCUAUGUCGCGCAGCCCAAGGGGGGUGAAGGGGAAUACUGAUUCCGAAAGUACGAGAGAGUUCGCCACAUGCGAUAAUAAUUCAAGGUGA